AUGCAGCCACAGGACCUGGCCAAGCCCUCCACUACUCUCAACCGUGUCGAGGAGGCUUUGGCGGACGAGGAAUAUUUUGACUGGGAGGACUUGGAGCUGCAGGAGGUCGUUUAUGCGAAAAAGAGGCGUCGCGAGGCUGCCCUUGCAAAGCUCGCUGCGGCCUCUCAGUCUCCACAAAGGCCACCACAACCUGAGGACGCUCCCACGCAGCGCCGCAAAGCGGUGGUUUUUGCUCAGGAGGGCAUGAGCCAGCCAGAGGCAAAGAGACUCCUGCCUCCGGAGUGCACCAUCUCGAAAGAGCGGGAAUGGCAUCAUCGCUGGAAGCUCAAAUGGGCCCUCAAGCAUGUCUUGGUGUAUGCCUGGUCAAUCCACAAACAAAGGACCGGCGAAGACUGCCCGGCAGCCGUGGACAAGAACAGCAUCAGUCAGUCAUGCGCUGGAUCAAAAAAGGGGGCCAAGCCGCAGGACCCGCGCGAGCUGGCCCAGCCUGUGGAGCCUGCGGAGGAGCCGCAGGAGCCUGCGGAAGAGCCGCAGGCAGAGGCUUCCUCUGCGAGCAGAGGGUUCCCGGAGCUUGACGUCGGCACCUAUCCGAAGGAGGAGGUAGAGGUCGAGGUCAAAGCGGAGGACUCGUACACGUACGAGGAGCAAGAGGAGACCGAGGAAGAGCCUCUGGAGAAGGACCCACCGCAGGAGGUGCCACCGCGGGUAGAGGAAGUCCCAAAGGAAAAGGCCCGAGGAAAGAAAGAGAAGGAGGAGAAAGCCCCGAAAGAGAGGAAGGAGAAAGAGAAAGAGAAAGAGAAAAAGGCCCCUAAGAAGAAGGAGCGAGAGGAAAAAGCCCCAAAGGACAAAGAGGAAAGAAAGAAGGAGAAGAGUAGAAAGGACAAGGACCGGGACAGAGACCGGCGGAGAAGGAAAGAGGAGGAGAAAGACCGGGACAGAGACCGGCGAAGAAGGAAAGAGGAGGAUAAAAAGGAAGGAAAGGCCCCAAAGGAGAAGGAAAAGGAAAGCGAGGCCCCAGAGGAGAAGCAAAAGGCCCCCCAGGAGCCGGGCGAGGUAGCCCCGGAGAGGGCUGAGCCGCCGAAGAAGGCGGAUCCCGGUCGUGGGCAGACCGAGGAACCGCGGGAGAAGGCUCAGCAGGAGCGUGCUCGCGGAAGCACCGAGGCCGAGGAGCCUGUGAGGUCUUUUCGAGAACGAGGUCUCUUCGACUACGAGCACAGCUCUUCAAGGACUGCUUCCGGGAGGAAGCCCAACGACUACAAGGAUUCGUUCAACUCUUAUAUCCCCAUAUGGGACGGCAAUGCGGGGUCGAUGCGCAAGUUCAAGAAAUCCGUGACGUUGUGGCUGGCAGGCCUGGACUUAGAGCGCACGGCGUCGUACAACUUAGCCGCCCGCUUUCUUCUUCGGCAGACCGGCGCCGCAAGGGCGCGAGGUGAGGAAGAAGAUAUAGAUACGUUGGCCCACCGACCGGCGGUGGCUGACGUUGUGGGGACGGAGAUCCAGGCUGCCGACUACACGCACGGCGUGUGGCACCUGGUUAGGUGUUUCGAGGAGCUGUGUGGGAAGACAGCUUCCGAAAAGCGAGGAGAGCUCCGGCAGAAGCUCUAUGUGAGCUUGCGCCGCGGCCCCAGUGAGCCGGUCACGAACUUUGCGUCGACCUGGAGAACACUGGUGGCCGAAUGCAUUGCCGAAGGCAUCCCGGUGACCCCUGUCGAGUCUGGAUGGCUCUUCAAGGAGAGGCUUGCCCUUACGGAAAUGCAGCGGCAGCUGCUGGAGACCGCCACCGGCGAGGAACCGGAGUUCGCCGUGGUGGAAAGAGAGGUGCUGCGACUCUUCCGAAGGGUGCACCUCACGCGGAGUGAGGCGGCCGGUGGAAGCCACCUUCGCUCCUGGCGCCAGGCCCCCUCGAGGCCUGGGACGGUGCCAUCUUCAGCUGCCUCGACGGCUUCUGGUGGCACUUCGCGUUUCAGGCGCUCGUUCAACCGCUCCCGGACUCCCGGUCAGGGCCCUUCCCAGGCCUUUGUGACCGAGGAACACUACGAGGACGAGACGGAGGAGUAUGAGGACGAGCCUGAAGGAGAGACUGAAGCGUACGAGACAGCAGCUGAGGAAGAGGACGGCGGGGAAGCAGCCGCCGACGAGCUCGAGACCGAGCUAGAGGCGAUGGCCGCAGCACUGGAUGAAGGAGACGACCUGCCGCCUGAGGUGGCGGAAGAAGCGGCCGCGCAUCUGGAGAAUGCGGGGGAAGCUUUGGUGACCCUGCGGGAAGCAAGGCGGCAGAUCGCCGCCAUCCGCAAGGACCGUGGGUACAAAGCCCCCGGAGCCGCCGGCAGCGCCGGCGGAGGUGGACGUGGGCCACAGCAGCCAAGCGGCAGCCAGAGCCCUGGCAAGCCGAGCCCAAGCAAGGGUGGCCGCUCUCCCAAGCACGUCCACUACACGGAGACUGAAGCCAACGUGGUGGACUUCAUGGACCAUGGGACCAGCGUAGAAGUGGAUGAGUUUGAGGUGAUGAUGACGCUGGCGGAGGCACUUGAGGUGUCGAGCCUCCCGAAGAGGGGCUCCCCAGCCACGUUGCUGGGCGCCAUGGACUCGGCCUGUAACCGGACCUGUGCCGGACCGGAGUGGAUUAAGCAAGCCUUGGCAGCUAUCCCUCCGGAGUAUCUCAGCUUGGUCGUGGAAAACCACGAGGCUGAGAGGUUCAGGUUCGGAAACAACCAGACACUAGUGAGCAGCAGGAGGGUGCGCAUCCCUUGGUGUCUGGAAGGACAUGUGAUGCUGCUCUGGGUUUCGGACGUGCCAAACCCGAAGCUUGGUUGUCUGGUGGGCCGGGACUGCAUGGAGGCACUUGGCGCCGUGUUGGACUUCGAGGACCACACGGCCCGGUUCAAGACCUUGGGUCUGGGACCCCUGAGGCUGCCCCAACUGAGGGCUGGACACCUGGGCCUCCCUCUUUUCCCGAAGGCAGGUUGGCCAGCGGUCGGAGGCCUUCGCUCCUUUAAGCCGCUAGGCAGAAACGGUGUGGUCGAGCUACAGCUCGGCUUCGGAGCGUGGAUGCGUCUGCGCACAAAGGCGGCUUGGCAGCUGAUGCUUGCGGUGUCUGAGUCGUUUGUGUCAGAGCAGGCGGUGGUUGACUCGAGGGCUGCACUCACGUCGACGAGCGUCUCAGUGAGCAAGCCUACCUCCAAACCCGCAGCCGUUUUGCUCGAGUCCGUCGGAAAAUGGCGAAGAAUGGUGGUGCGUUUGCGCGAGCGUUUGGCCUGGCACUGGCAGGGCUUACUGCUGUGGCUGGUGCGCAUGCCUCAGCUGCGCUUCGCCCCCUUCCCGUGGAAGUCGGUAACCGGCCCGAAGGAAUGGCAAGAACAGUCCGAGGGCAUGGUGCGACGAGGAGCGUGGCCACGGCGCUGGUACACCCGCGCGGUGGAGAACCGCGUGUUCUCAGGAGUGAACCUCGGCCACUCGGUGAGCCUGAGGAACAAGUGCGGUUUGGCGUUCGCCUUCCUCGAGGACGAGAUCGUGCUAGAAGGGCUGAGGGCUCUAAAGGCACCGAAAGGAGUGCGCUCGAGGUUGCAGCGAAUGCAGCUGGAGGAAGCCAAGAAGGCACAAAGCGAAGUGAAGGAGGUGCGCGAGGAGCGCAUGCGGGCGCUGUUGGGGCCAAGGGGAGGCCUACCGCGCCUGCGAGCCGAGUUGCUCGAGCUGGCGGUGCUGUUGCGGGUGGACAUCGAGGAGAAGGACACCGUGGAAACGAUCCGCAAAAAGGUGACGCCGGUGGCCCGCGCAAUCGCGCUGCCGCCUCCACCGUCACAGGCCAGCUCAAGCUCGGAAGUACCGCGGCCAAAAGCUCCCUCCAGGACCGCAGGACCGAUGGGGACGGGUUCGGAAUUCGUGCCACCAACCCGCCUGGCCGCUCCACCCAUGGAGGAGGAGGUGGUGCCAUCGGACGACAGCUUCAGGAUGAUUACGUCGGAGGAGCUGGCCGAGCAGAUGGCCGGCUUGGACGCCUACAUGGCGCUGCGGCAGGCCAGUGCGUCGGCCUCGCCGGCAGCAGUGCAUGAAGCACUCCAAGUGCUCGCGAAUGCAGAGGAGGCAGCUGCAUUCCACGACUGCUUUGUGCAAGCAGCUGAUUCGGAAGUUGCUGCUCAUUUUGAGCGGCGUGGGCACGGAACCCGUGCUUACAGUCCGGAUGCCUACGGCCACGUCGGCGUAUUCCGUGCCAAACGCGGCGCGGUGGACCGUCAAGCGCUCGAGAACUGGAUGGUUGGUGCUGCCAGUCUGCGAGCGGAGGACCGGUCUUGUCCUUAUAGCAACCUGCCGGCCGUCCUGGAUGGUGCCCGCGACGGGCGCUAUGCGACCUUCUGGCACCUUCGACGUGCCCUUCCGCGACUUUUCGAGCGACGUUUCGACUCCUUUCACUCUACCCUGGCCGUCGACCAACAAAACAAUUUAGAUGGGGGUGACAGUCGUGCGUUCGAAAACUCGCCGGACACUGCAGGGGAACCACCUGCUGGAGGCCUGCCGUUUCCCUUUCGUGCGGUCGAAAACUCACCGGACACAGCAGGGGAACCGCUGGAAGGUCAGGAAGAGCAGGAGGAAAUGGACGCCCUGGUCAGGGACGCGCCUAAACCGACGAAGGAGAUCGUACAGGCCAUAGCAAAGCUUCACCGGAACACGGGCCAUGUCUCUAAGCGAAGACUGGCCAGAGCUUUGGCUGUUUCCGGGGCCCCGCCCGUGGUUAUCAGAGCCGCUCUGGAGCUUCGUUGCGAGAUUUGUGCCGAGGAGGCACGGCCGAAGACGCGGAUGCCCGCGAGCCUUCCAAGGGCUUCGCACUUUGGAGACCGGGUGCAUGGUGACUUGUUCAGCUUCAAGGACGGAGCCGGACAAACUCGGUGGGUGGCCCACUGGGUGGAUGUGGCAACGCGCUACCAGGCGUGUACCCUUCUCCGAAGCAAAACUGCUCAGGAGGUCGGUGCCACUCUUGCCGAGUGGACGCGGAUCUUUGGAGCGCCCAAGACACUGGUGGUGGAUAUGGGGCCGGAGUUCGUGGCUGAGUCCUUCCAGGACCUCUGUGACUUCUACGACACGGUUCUACACCAUAUACCGGUCGAGGCGCCUUGGAGAAACGGCGUGGCCGAGCGAGCAGGAGCUUCUACCAAGGCGGUGCUUCAGAGGCUGGUGAAGGAGUACCUGCCGGUGACUGAAGGUGAUGUGUCUCAGGUGGUGACCGCCGCGGCGGGCGCAUACAAUGACGACAUCAACGACUCGGGCUACUCGCCUUCCCAGGCAGUGGGUCUGGCCCAGACGGCGCUGACAAACGAGCCUUCGUUCUGCCGGGCCUUGGCGAUCCGGGAAACCGCGAGAGUGGCUAUGCUUCGGCUGCACUACUCGCAGGCGAUGAGCAAGGCCUUGCUGGCCCGCUCAAGAGCCCCACACCCUGAGCACUACAAUGCGGGGGACGUGGUGUACUUUUACCGGCGACAGAAGUCGAAGCCUGGAAAGAAGCUGCAGCUGAAGGCUUGGCAUGGGCCAGCCUUGGUCGUGGCCAUGGAAGGGCCCGACGAGAACCAGCUGAGCGCCUAUGGGGCGUAUCGGGGCAACGUGACCAAGGUUGCCAUUGAGCACCUGCGGAAGGCCUCAGCCCUGGAAAGGCUGGCGGCCACUGACUGGGCCCCUGCCCUGCAGACCGUGCUCAAUGAGGUGACAGACGCCCCGGAGCCGGUGCCUACGGAAACUACCGCGGAGGCACCUGCGGAGGAAGUUCCCGCUGUGGUGAGCCAGGACCGUUCGAGAAGGCCCUCGUUGUCGUCGCUGGCGCCGUGGGAAAAGGAGUCGCACAGUGUCUACCGAAAGCGCUCCCACGAGUCUGUGACGGCGGGCGAGAGUUCGGAGCGACCCGCUUCGAAAGCCAAACCCCUCGGGGAGCCUGUGGUGGGCGAACCGAUGGAUGGUACAUCCGAGGCCUUGGGCCUACGUGACGCUGCUGUGGAAAGCGCGGCGCCUAGUGCGCCGGAACUGGUUCCCAUACCAGAGGAAACCGUGGGAGAGAGCCCGGGAGCCCAGAGCUCUCAUGAGGGCGAGUCGACCGCGGAGGAUAAGGAUCACCCUUUGGUGAGGCUCAUGGAACAGGUGGCGGAGGACCGCCAAACUGGGUAUGAGGAAAUCCGCUGUGGCACGUGGGACGGACGCUGGCCCACGCCCAGCGAGGUUCAGAGGAAGCGGCUACAAGCCACCGGGGAUCUCAUGACCCUUCCGGUGGAGAAUGAGGCCUGCCUCGCUUCUGCGGGGAAGGAGAUCACCUGGAGCCGCCUGGACGUCAAGACCAAGGACGCUUUUCAAAAGGCAGCUGACGAGCAGUGGCAGAAGUGGACCGAGAACGGCUCAGUGCAGGAACUGAGUGUGGAGGAAAGCCGCCGGGUGCAGGCGGACCUCAAGCGGAGUGGGAAGUCCGGCGACUUGCUCACACCUCGGGUGGGUUCUGACAGACAAGAACGCGGCGCUGUCAACCCCGGGGAAUCCGCUUCCAGCCAAACCCUCAGCGAGACUGGUGGUGCCGGGGUUUAA